AUGAGGCAGCCACCUCAGGCGACAGCAUCUACAGUGGCAGCAGAUCUGCCUUCCAAGGAAUACAUCAUCUGCUGCUGCUGUCAUUGUGGCAGCAAUGGCUGCAGCACACUCCUUAGAGGCCAGUCCUGCUGCCUCCUCAACAUCUCCUCCCAGGAUGGCGCCUCUACAGCGACCUCUUGGAGAAUAGGAGGCACUGCUGCAGAACAUGAGCAACAGGGGGCUGGUGCAGGGAAGAAAGAGUACAGGUGCUCUUGCUGUGAGAAAGUCUUCACCUGGAGAUCCCACCUUACCAGGCACGAGAGGAUCCACACGGGAGAGAAGCUCUAUCGCUGUGCCAUCUGCGAGAAGAGCUUUGGCCAAACGUCACACCUCACCAUCCACGAGAGAACCCACACAGGAGAAAAACCCUAUAAAUGUACCGCGUGCGGGAAAACCUUCAUCCAGAGUGCGGCGCUUCUGAGGCACAUGGUGCGCCACACAGGUGAAAGAGGCCAUAAGUGUCCGCACUGUGGGAAAAGCUUCAGGCGGAGGUCACAGCUUGUUAGGCACAUGCCUAACCACAUAGGCGAGAAACCAUACGAAUGUGCAGAGUGUGGGGAAACCUUUGUCCAGAGGUCAGCCUUUUUUAGGCACAUGAUGCGUCACACUGAGGAAAAUGGCUUCCAGUGUUCGCACUGUGGGAAAAGCUUCCAGUGGAGGUCACACCUUGUUAGGCACAUGCCCAUGCACACAGAGUUCAUUGCUAGAGCUCACCUUGUCGUACAUGAGAGAAGCCAUACAGGGAAGAAACCCUAUAGUUGCUCCUCCUGCGGGAGAGGCUUCAGCAACACAUCAUGCCUUGCUAAACAUCAGAGAAUCCACACGGGCGAGAAGCCGUAUAAAUGUUCUCUCUGCGGGAUAUGCUUUGGCCACACGUCGUCUCUCAUGAAACAUCAGAGAAGCCACACUGGUGAGAAGCCGUACCGAUGCUCAGACUGUGGGAAAAGUUUUGUCGACAGCUCAAAGCUGGCGAGGCACAAGAGAACCCAUGCAGAGGAGAGGCCCUACAAAUGCGCCAUCUGUGGGGAAAGUUUCAGGGAGAGCUACCACCUUAUUAGACACGAGAGGAACCACGCGGGAGACAGGCCCUAUCCGUGCUCAAUCUGUGGGAAAGGCUUUGUUACCAAAUGGCACUGCAGUACGCACGAGAGAACCCACACAGGAGAGAAACCGUAUCAGUGUGCGGUCUGUGGAAGAAGCUUCAGCAAUCAAUCCAAUCUUCUUAAUCAUCAGAGAAUCCACGCUGGAGCGAAGCUGUAUAGAUGUGAUAUCUGUGGGAAAUGCUUGAGUCGGAGAGAGCACCUUCUUAAUCAUUCUAGAACCCACACUGGGGAAAAACCCUACAAAUGUCUGGACUGCGACAAGAGCUUCCUUCAACGAAUUCAGCUUCUUGUUCACGAGAGAACCCACCACAGAGGAGAGAUUAAAUGA